UUAAAUAAAUAAUUAAAUCAAAUUCAAAUAUUUUCAUAAAAUUCAUGACCCACUAUUUAGCGGGUAAACUACACUCACCACUCAUUAUUUCAAAUUUCGCCGGCCGGCACCACCGCUCACCGCCGCCGCCGCCGCCGCCGACCGCCGCAUCAACGAUGAAGAGAUGCCGGAAGGAGGAAUCCACCAGAAUCAAAUCGACGGUGGAACCUGUCGACAUAGAGGAUAUCAGUUUCAGAGGGAAGGAGAUUCAAAAAAUCAGGGAGUCUCUGCUGGAAUGGUACGACGAGAAUCGAAGGGAUUUACCUUGGAGAAGAAUCAGCAAUGGCGGAAAUGACGUCGGUGUCGAAGAGAGGGAGAAGAGAGCGUACGCGGUUUGGGUAUCUGAGGUGAUGCUUCAGCAAACUAGGGUUCAAACUGUGGUUGAUUACUUCAAUCGCUGGAUGGGGAAAUGGCCUACGAUUCAUCAUCUUGCUCAGGCUUCUAUUGAAGAGGUGAAUGAGAUGUGGGCGGGCUUGGGUUACUAUCGACGGGCCCGAUUUUUGCUUGAGGGAGCUCAAAUGGUUGUUGAAGGCGGCGGCGAGUUCCCAAAAACAGCAACAGAUCUUGAAAUGGUCAGAGGAAUUGGUAAAUACACUGCCGGAGCAAUUGCAUCGAUUGCCUUUGACGAGGCAGUGCCGGUGGUAGAUGGAAACGUAAUCAGAGUCAUUACAAGGUUGAAGGCUAUAUCUGCCAAUCCAAAAAAUGCAGCAACAGUCAAGAAUAUAUGGAAACUGGCGAGGCAGUUAGUUGAUCCUCUGAGGCCCGGGGAUUUCAACCAGGCUAUCAUGGAACUCGGUGCGACAGCAUGCAGUGUUACAUCUCCCAGCUGCUCCACGUGUCCUGUAUCCCAUCAGUGUCAAGCACUUUCUCUCUCUAGAAAACAAGAAUCCGUUCAAGUCACAGACUAUCCAAUGAAGGUCGCGAAGGCCAAACCAAGGCACGAUUUCUCUGCUGUGAGUGUUGUGGAGAUAGUCGAUGAGGGAUCUCAAUCUAAAAGCAGAUACCUUCUUGUGAAGAGACCGGAUGAAGGGUUGCUGGCUGGACUAUGGGAAUUUCCGUCUGUUUUAUUGGUGGGAGAAGCUGACUUGGCCUCAAGGAGGAAGGCAAUUGAUAGUUUCUUGAAACAAUCAUUUGGUAUAGACACGAAAAAGUCCUGUAAAGUAGUUUCGAGGGAAGAAGUGGGAGAAUGUGUCCAUGUAUUUACUCACAUUCGUCUCAAGAUGUACAUAGAGUUGUUGAUUUUGCAAUUGACAGAAGGUGGAAUGAAUUGUCUACAUAAGAAGCAAGAGAGCUCAACUAUGAAGUGGAAGUUUGUUGACGAUAAGGCCCUUUCAACUUUGGGGUUGACAUCUGGAGUUAGGAAGGUAAUGUUAUUUUUAGCAUUCUCGAUUUGCCCAUUCAAAGUUCGUUUUUACAACUUUUGCGCUUUCAUUACUUUGCUACUGAAAAUUGUAAAAUGCAGGUUUGUACCAUGGUUGAGAAAUUCAAGCAGAGUGGGCCCAAUUCAGUCCCUGUAAAAACAAGAAAGAAGAAAAAAGAUCCAAAUCGAGCAGUGAAAUCUGAAUUGCUGACGAAAGAUUGAUAACUCUUUUUGCUGAAAUGGUUCGCUUAAAGAAAGGUGGCUUCAUUUUGUGGGAAAACCUAAAACAAAAACGAUUUGUUUUGUCGGCUCGAUGCUACACUUUCACUACUUUCAUUACAUUUUUUGCUACUAAGGAACUUCUCCAUUACGUGCCUCACAGUCCCGGAAAGCCUUCACUAGUUCGAAUCAUGGGUUAUUUAUCAACGUCGGUCGAGAAACGUUAGACUUCACAUAUAGUUUACUGACUGGAAGAUGUGUUAUGUGAUGAUUAUUCCUCGUUGUCAUCCAUUCGUAAUGUAUUUGAUAUCUAAUUCGGUAUGUAAAACUAUGGAGCGUUACUUAUUUAGUAUAUAAACUGGAAAUUU